AUGAAGUUAUUAGGUAAAUAUAUAAACAAAGACAAAUCGGGUUCAAUAAAAGUUUUGCUAGAGGAAGAAGAAGAUAUGUGGCAAUUUUAUAAUUUGAUACGUGUUGGAGAUUUAGUCAAAGCAUCAACAGUAAGAAAAGUUAUUAUGGAAUCAGAGACAAGAAGUAAUAGUAGUCAAAAAAUAAAUAUGAAUUUGGUUGUUGCUGUUGAGACAAUAUCAUUUGAUCCAACAACUUGUACAUUACAUUUAAAAGGCAAAAAUACUGAAAAAAAUGAUUAUGUAAAAUUAGGACAAUAUCAUACAUUAGACAUCGAACUUGGUAAAACUUUUACUCUUCACAAAGAACAAUGGGAUAGUAUAGAUUUUCAUAGAUUAGAUGAAUGUCAAAAUACAGUAUCAAAGAAGGCUGAUGUUGCUGCAAUUAUAAUGCAUGAAGGUUUGGCUCAUGUUUGUUUGUUAACUGAUAAUUUAAUAAUGACAAAAGCUAAAAUUGAAAUAUCAAUACCAGGAAAAAGAAAAGGAUAUUCUUCACAACAUGACAAAGCAUUAGAGAGAUUCUACAAACAUAUAUCCAAUGCUUUUAUUAAAACAAUUGAUUUUGAUAUUGUUAAAUGUAUUAUAAUAGCUUCACCAGGAUUUUACAAGGACUCUUUUUAUGACUAUUUACAAAAUUUUAUGGAAAACAAUAACAAAAAAAUGACACAGGAAGAAAAGAAUAAAUUUUUACUUGUUCAUAGUACAAAUGGUUUCAAACAUAGUAUUAAGGAAGUUUUAACUGAUCCUAAUAUACAAAAAAAACUUGGUGCUACUAAAUCACAACAAGAAUUAAAUCAAGUUUUACGUUUCCAACAACUUCUUAAUGUAUGUCCUGAGAAAGCAUUUUAUGGACCAAGAGAUGUUAUUAAAGCUAGUAAUCUUUUAGCAAUUGAAACACUUCUUAUUUCUGAUUCAUUAUUUAGAAGUCAUAAUUUAGAGGAACGUGCUAAAUAUGUAAAACUUGUUGAAAAUGUUAAAAAACAAGGUCAAAAUGUUUACAUAUGUAGUAGUCAACAAUUAUGUGGAGAACAGUUAAAUCUUUAUAGUGGAGUUGCUGCAAUUCUUAAAUAUCCAAUGCCUGAAUUGGAAAAUGAUAAUUAUUAUUCAUCUGAUAGCAGUAGUUAA